UUUGUGGUCCUGGGGAACAUUUAUGUUUUGUCGAACCUCCUCAGCGAUUGAUUCACAAACCCGAAUCAGUUCGAGUGAAUCAUUUAAAAGAAUCGGCUCAACCGAACAAUUCGUGAAUCAGACAUCACUUGUCUGAUGCACUGAAACUCCCCGGGAGAGACCGAGGGAGGAAGAUGGCGGCCACUGACCGUUCCCGGUCCGAAGCGGCAAAGCAGCGGCGGCAGGAUCAGCUGCAGCGGUGGCAAGGCUCGGAGACGGAUCGGACCGGGGCUGAGGCGAGGAGCCUGUGCUCCGCUCCCGGAAACCGACGGGCCAGAGUGCGCUUCGCCCAGGGCGCUGUGUUCAUGGCCGCCUGCUCCGCCGGGGACCGGGAGGAGGUGGCGGAGCUCCUGCGACAGGGAGCAGAUAUCAACCACGCCAAUAUAGACGGGCUGACGGCGCUGCAUCAGGCCUGUAUUGAUGAAAACGCAGAUAUGGUUGAGUUUCUGGUGGAGAGUGGCAGUGACGUGAGCCGAGGAGACAAUGAAGGCUGGACGCCCCUCCACGCUGCGGCCUCCUGCGGCUUCAUCCAGAUCGCAAAGUACUUGAUCGAACACGGCGCUCAUGUGGGAGCGGUGAACAGUGAGGGAGAACUUCCUCUCGAUGUGGCUACUGAGGACGCCAUGGGGAGACUGCUUAAAGCAGAGAUUAAAAAACAGGGUAUAGAUGUGGACCAGGCCAGGAGAGAGGAGGAGAGAGUGAUGCUCCAGGAUGCCAUGGCCGUGUUGGCAGGAAGUGGCUCUCUGGUCCCUCAUCCGAACACUCAGGCCACGGCGCUGCAUGUCGCUGCUGCUAAAGGAUACAUUGAGGUGUUAAAGGUGCUGCUGAAGUGUGGGAUAGACGUGGACAGUCGGGACAGUGAUGGCUGGACGGCUUUUCACGCGGCGACUCACUGGGGACAGGAAGAGGCCUGCACUCUGCUGGCUGAACACAUGUGUGACAUGAACGCUGUCAGUAAUGUGGGGCAAACUCCACUCGACGUAGCCGAUGAGAACAUCGUUGAGAACUUGGAAGAACUGCAGAAGAAGCAGAAUGCUAUGCGUUCAGAGAGACAGAAGAUCCAGACGCCCGUCAUUGAGACCAGCCCACCUGUUUCCAUGGCGCCAGCUCGCCCUCGCAGGACGUCCAUCUCUCGUAUGAGCAGUAAAGAGAAGAUCACCCUGCAUGAGCGAGAGAAACAUGCUCCGCCCUCACUCCAGACUCCGCCCACAGAAGAGGACGAGGACGAGUCGUCGCGCACAGCCGGCCAAUCCAAACCCUCCAGCAGCUCCAGUUCAGAGGAAGAGAGCGAAUCAGAGAGUGAUGCCGAGUCAGAAAAAGCAAAAACUCGAGAAAUGAUCAACAACUUGAACAACAAACGCAAUGCAGCGCCUGUAGCGAGCUCUGUGACCAACACUGCCCUUAACCAGGUUAAAAAGGCUGAACCCGUCCGGACCCCGGUGACAGAGGCUCCAGGUUCCUGGAGGACGUCUUUGCGUAAAGCAGGAAGUUCUGUGACUCUGGGCUCGGCCGGGGCCUCUGAGCCAGCCACUGAGGCCCUCAAGGACCCCGAGGCUAAACUGGGAAUGACACGCUCUGCAUCCAGUCCCAGACUGAGCUCUGAAUCUGACAAUAAGGAGCCCAGGUUGGCCCGUGUUCAGCCCACUCCGUCCAGACGCCUUUUCAGCAUCAGUGACACCAGCACCAACCCCGACAACUCCAGCAGCUUGUUGAGCCGCAGCUCUUCAUACACGCGCCGAUUGAACAGCCAGUCCGGCGCUGAAGUGUCGGCUCCGAACCCCUCGUUACCUCGCAGCUCAUCUUAUGGAAGGAAACUUGACGACCCUUCAGUGACCUCUGUAACCACGGCAACCUCUGGACUGAGUCGCCUCAGUAGUCUAGUGGCUCAGAGGUCGGCUCAAGAAGAGGCCGAAAGGAAGGAGCCCGUCUCGAAUUCUGUAACCACGACAACCACAUCAGGCGAGCCAGAGACCAAACAGAGACGCAAAUUGACAGGUAAAUCAGAAACCAGCGAUAUCACAAUGAUAGAUCCAGCUAUUGGUGCGUUCUCAGAAGUGCUGGGUGAUUUUCAUGUGGAAUAUGCAUUAAACAGUCAGUGGGCGGGUGUUACUCUCACAGACCUGCAGGAAGCGGAGAAGACAAUGAAGACGGAAAACAAGGGGAAGGAGCAGAAGAAAGAAGAGGAGGAGAAAGAAGGGAAGCAAAAGAAGGGAGAGGAAGGGGAAGUGAGCUGGCGGUCUCGUAUUGCUAACCUGCAGAAGUCAGAUUUGCUGGGACUCACACACCCUCCUGGUGCUCCACGUCCUGACAGACAGGAUGCAGACAGCGAGGAGCGAGCGAGGGAGCGCAGGAGAGCCAGAGCUCGGAGGAGAGGGAAAACAGGAGAGAGCGAUGACAACGACCCCAGUGGAGAGGAGGAGAGUAGCAGUGGGCGGGACCCACAGACAGACAGAUACACGAGCAGCAGGUCUGAUUCGGUCUUGAAUGACUGUAUUCUCACGAGGGGAUCAGAGUCCAGGGACUUUAAGAAGUUGUUCGAGGAGAUGUCCAGGGAGAACCGCCGUCUGCAGUCACAGUUAUCAGACACACAGAGAACCAUUUCACUGACCCGGGUGGAGCUGGAAAAGGCCACACAGAGGCAGGAGAGAUUCACGGACUGCACGGCUCUGUUGGAAAUGGAAAAGAAGGAGAAAAAGAUGUUAGAGAGCCGUGCCGCUGAGUUGGAAGAGGAGUUGAAGGUUUUAGGGGAUCUGAGAGCCGACAACCAGAGGCUGAAGGACGAGAACGGCGCGCUCAUCAGAGUCAUCAGCAAACUCUCCAAAUGAAGACCGAGAGAGAGAAAGAGAAACCGUACCACCCCGACAUCCUUCCCCAGAGCCAAAGAAGGGAAGAGAGGAGGAGAGGAACAAUGUCACUGUUUUAUGACGGCUCACAGCUAGCCCUGAUCUUUUACUUUCCUGUGUGUGUGGCGUGUUUGAACUUCAUCCAACUUCAUCAGCGGAGCUUCAGAUUUCCCUAUUUCUCUCUCUCUCUCUCUCUCUCUCUCUCUCUCUCUCUCACACACACACACACUCGCACUCGUAUAGGGACGCAUGCACAUUCCCAUAAGCGUGAGCGCACACACUCCACACACAUUCCACGAGUCUCAGGCAGCUGACGUCUGCAGUAUUUUUGCAUCUUUGCACAAACACACACACAAAAUUGAGAGGUUCAACCCUAAACUCCACUAAAGGUGGUCUGAACAUGUCACUCCAAUCCAUUGACUCCAGAAACCAGCACGACAAUCAUUCUUGAAAACACCGAAAACACGCCAGUUAUGGCGUGUAUCUUUUACGGCGAGCCAUGAGGAAAUGUCUAUUUUUGUGGUUUUUACCUUUGUUUGAAUCAUCCGUGCUCUCGGCGUCUUCUGAAGCGAGGACGACGGCUUUGUUUAUUGUGUAAAUGUACAAAUAUUAUGCAUUUGAACUCAUAACGCUAUAAACUGUAACUUAAUAUCGAAUUCAUUUUCUCCACGUGUUGUUUUUCUGAUAUAUUGAAUGAAUGUUGGCACUUAAUAAAAUAUGUGUUU